GGUGUUUCUUAAAAUAGCAGCUAGAAAGAGAAAGAAAAAGGAGAGACGGGAGAGAGAGAGAGAGAGAGAGAGAGAGAGAGGAGACAGAGAGGAGGGGGGAAAUCUCCGACCCAAAACCCUGGGACAAGAGGUACGGCAGGACCACCUCUCGGCGAGGGACCGACGGCAGCUCCGCUCCGCGCCCGCCCGCCGCCCUGCCCGCCCGGCCCGCCGCCCGACGUGGCUCUCCCCGGGAGCACCCGGGGCUCCUCCGCCGGAGUUGGAGGUGGGCUUCAACUUUUGCUCGCUGUCUUCGCCGCCGUCACCCCGCGGUCCCGCCGGGGGCUUCUCCCCGCGGCAGCGCAUCCCCGUUCCGGGUGGGGAAGGCAGCCCCGUGCAGCCCGGCCCCACCAUGACUUCCAAAGAAGAACCCAAGCCCUCCUCGGGGGAAGAACGGCGACGGAGCCCCUUGGAUCACCUCCCACCGCCCGCCAACUCCAACAAGCCCCUCACACCCUUCAGCAUCGAGGACAUCCUCAACAAGCCCUCGGUGCGGAGGAGUUACACCCUCUGCGGAACGGCCCACCUCCUCUCCGCCGCCGAGAAGCACCCCCCGGCCGGGCUGCCCCUGUCCGGCCGGGCGCUGCUCUCCCAGACCUCGCCCCUCUGCGCCCUGGAAGAGCUGGCCAGCAAGACCUUCAAGGGGCUGGAAGUCAGCGUGCUGCAGGCGGCAGAAGGCCGGGACGGGAUGACCAUCUUCGGGCAGCGGCAAACGCCGAAGAAGCGUCGGAAGUCGCGGACGGCCUUCACCAACCACCAGAUCUACGAGCUGGAGAAACGAUUCCUCUACCAAAAAUACCUGUCGCCGGCGGACCGGGACCAGAUCGCCCAGCAGCUAGGGCUCACCAACGCCCAGGUCAUCACCUGGUUCCAGAACCGCCGCGCCAAGCUCAAGAGAGACCUGGAGGAGAUGAAGGCCGACGUGGAAUCGGCCAAAAAGCUGGGCCCCAACCCCGCCGUGGACAUCGUGGCCUUGGCCGAGCUGGAGCCCAGCGCCGAGGGAAGGGGCAAGGCACGGCCCGGGUCCCCGCCGCCGCCCCCCGCCGCCGCCCGGGAGCCCGGCGCUCCGCCGCCGCCCCGCCCCGCCUCGCCCCCCACGGAGCGGCCCCGCAGCCGCCGGGACAGCGAGGAGGAGGAGGAGGAGGAGGAGGAGGACGUGGAGAUCGACGUGGAUGACUGA